AUGAUUCAGGACAUUGAGAAGACAGCCCUGCUCUCUGAGUAUGCCAAUCUGCUUGCCACUGGGGUGGAACCUGAGGCAGCAGACCAGGAAAUGCAGGAUUUUGAGGUGCAGGCAGUGAAGAGAGAUUUUGAGGUGAUUAUCACCUCAGAUGAGGAGAAGGAGAAGAAGAAGAAGAAGAAGAAGAAGAAGAAUGAGAAGUGA